UCAGAAAACAGAAGUGCACGAACACCUCCCUCUCUCAUAUUGAUAAGAGAUGUGUUCCUCUGAUUCUCUACCUGUCUUGAAGUGUGUUUGAGUGGCGCUGCUGGAUGGGACCAUGGGGCACUCUGUGCUCGGUGUGCUGUCGUUAUUCUUUUUUCUAGUGCUGACUUGUCACAGCACAGUCUGAUCGACCAGAAGAGGAACCAGACGUUGUUCCUCUCGCCACAGAGAUGGUUGGUGGUCGCCUUCGUUGCCUGAGCUGCUGCUUCACACACAGCGAGCUGCUUUUUCACAUGCUGCUUCUCGGGGUUUGCUUACAUGAUGUGGGGGCUUCCGGCUGUGAUCGCACCGUCCAUAAACAAGUUGGAGACACCGUGGAGUUUUCAUCAUGCUUGUCAACUGUUAAUGUCACCGUCACAGAAUGGAAAUUUAAUAAUUUGGUAGUUGCAGACAUGAGUCUACAUGUACCGGAAGAUCGUAGGUUUGAAGGCAGAGUAAAGAUGAACCUCAGAAACUUUAGUUUAACAGUGACGAAUCUGACUCUUCAAGAUUCUGGUGACUUCCAUUUUGUCUCAGAGGCAAAUAAUAAGCAAAGGACCACAGUCAUCAUCUGUCUACAAGUUCACGAGCCCUUGACUCCGCCCGACCUCAGCUUCAACUCCACCUUUCAUCCUUCAAACGAAUCCUGCUCAGUUUCGCUGGAGUGCGUUUCGACCCUCGACAGCAACGUGAACUACAGCUGGAGCGUGAGGAACCAGACCCUGGUCGGCCCCAGGCUGUGGUACACCAUCAGGCGGCAGGACGGAAAAACCAAGUUCACCUGCACCAUCUUCAACAGUGAGAGAUCUACAUCUAAAACAGUGACGUGUGACAACAGCAGCUCUAACUCAUACGAGGAGAAACAAAAGCUCAUCUUCUUCGCGGGGUUGGCGGCAGGAAGUGUUUUGAUUGUUGGCCUCGUGGCAGUUAUCGGUGUCUGUCACUGCAAACAGAGACCAGCUGAUCUGUGUUGUGACAGGCUCAGCCAGUCUCUGAGAACCAAUCAGAGCUCAGACCCACCUGUCCACCCCGAUGAAAACCAACUGCAAGUGUACUCGUCUCUUCUCCACGGUGACAACUGCAUCUAUGAAUCAAUCAGAGGAGACACGGAGGAAGGAACCCGAGGUGAUCCAGAGGAGAGGUCUGACUACGUUAAUGAAAAUCCACAUUCAGCUUCAGGUACAAAUAUUAACAACUGGCUGUUCAGCUUCUGGCUCAUGUGCAUUUGAAAUAAACCUCAACUGAAACUCCAUCAUAUCAUUAUUAAAUAGUUCUUGUACGAUAAGUAUGCAGUUCAGUUGGUGUCUCAAAUUUCAAAUCCUUUGUGUAAAACUAUGAACGGCCUUGAUCAUGUUGUAGGGUUGAAGUAUCAAGUGUGUAUUUCAGAAAUUUGCAGUUAUUGUCACUUUGUUUCAGGACCACUAUGAAUGGUGCAUCCUCCAGAAAACAAGAACAUGAAAACCAACAUUCAUCCUCAAACACCUUCACAUAUUAGACUCACCAGUUUUGUAACAGCUCAUUGGAAAGAACGACAUGAUCUGGAUUGAAUUUCAGUAUCAAUGAAGAAAGAAAUGCUGUGAUAUUUGCUUUUGUGUUUACGUUCAAUAUUUCAAUUGGCUGAUAUGGGCCUUUUAAGAUAUGCACCGAUAUGAAAAGGUUUAUUUUACAGGAUAAACAAUGUGCAUUAUGAUUAUAUUUUACAUUGAACAUUUGUUUGUCUUAAUUCAAGUUCUAUAUAUUCUGUCGUAUUUGUGUUUUCUUUCAAUUUAUCUUUAUUUCUUUAAAAAAUAUUGUUAUACUUAAGCUUUAUUGCCAAUUUUAUAUAUAAGUGAUAGUUUUUUACUCCUUGAUAUCGGUAUCGGCAUUGGCCCCUAAAAAAAGCUUAUUCUGUAUAUUUUUGCCGCAGUCAUGCAACAAAGGUUUGAAUGCAACCUGUGAUGUUUUCCAUUCGUACGUAUAUAUAUGUCUUUGUUAUUAUUCACCAAUGACUCAAUGGAGGACGAUGUGAGGAAGGACCUCGUCUGGCUGUGUGUUAUGUUCCAUAUACAGUCUGUGGUUAUGUGUGAUUAUUUCCAUGGCUCGUAAUUCUCUGUUUGAUGAAAACACUCGUCUGCAGACAGUUUGGCUUUUUGUUUUGAAAUGUGAUGAACUGUAACAGAUUAUAAUUCAAAUACAUAAUUGAAUGUGUUCUUUCUUUAAUCUUUAUUAAACUGUGAAAUCCCA